AUGUUUGGUCUUCCUGGACUUUUAUGUACAAUAGAUCAGAAAGGUGAAGCUAAUAGUGUCGUAUUAGAAGAUGUAGACCGACAAAACGAUGGCGCCUCCAUAAACAUUUAUGGGCCAAAGGGACUUCGCAGAUUCCUUCGACUUGCUCUUGCAUUAUCAAGAGCUAAUUUAAGCUACACUUAUGCUGUUCAUGAGUUGAUACUAGAAGAAAAACAUUGUCCUCCAAAUUGGCAAGACUGGGCAUGUUUAGAGGCUGAUAUAACUCGAGAUCCCCCAUUAUUUUGUGAACGUUCUGGUAGAGACAUUUUUGCGAACAGUGAUGGAUUCUGGUAUAAUGUUACAAAUAAUGAAGAGAACUGUGAAAUGGUGCAUGCAGUGUCUAUAAAACAUACGAUUCCUUCCGUAGGUUGGCUGAUAAUAAAGCCGGAUCAUGCACCUUCCUUGUGUGCUGAGACAGCUAUAAAAUUAGGCGUUCCCAAAGGACGAUUAAUGGGUGAACUGAAACGAGGUAAGACAGUUGUCAUUGAUGGUAAAACAGUUCGACCUGAAGAUGUGUUGAAACCGCGUUUAAGAGGUCAUCGUAUCGCAAUUAUGGGGGAUACGUAUGAUUCUUCUGAACUUUUACGUCUUAUGCAGGUUUUGCAUACUGCAAAUCAAAUUACUUCUAUAACUUUGGAUACCCUUGUACAUGAAGCUACUUUAGACGACAGUUUAUAUGAGGAUGCAUUGAGUAAAGGUCAUUCUGUACCAAGAGUUGUAAUGAAAUUAGCCUGUCAACUCAAUGUUCGUCAGUUAGUUUUAACACAUUUCAGUCAUAGAUAUGAUCGAAUAGAUUCUCCAGAUGAAAACACUAUAAAAAGUGAAAUUGGUGAACAGGUGAAUCAUUCAAAGAAAUCUAAAAAUGAUAAGAAAAACAAACCUAGUUUACAAAUUAUCUUAGAUCAAGCCAAAUCUACAGAUUUCGGUGGAGAUAUCAUUUUGGCUGAUGAUCAACUUUUAGUGAAAAUCCCCCCUGUAACACAAUAA